UACAGCACGGAGAGAGAAAAAAAUCUGAUCAAGCUUUUCCGGUCUGCUAGCCCUAAUUUCCUCUCAAGACCUCUGGCGUUGGCAGAGAGGGAGCGAUCCUGGUGGAAGAGCAGCGAGGAGAAACCGUGUACCGCCACAACCCCGCACGCCUCUGUACGGUUGCUCCUGCGUAGGAUAAUGCAUCAUGUCCUCGGUGUGCUGAGCCCGGGAAGGAGCAGUGUGUGAGGGGGGAGCAGAAUGGUUCGGCGGAUCGGAGCGCGGCCGCUCCGUCCUCUGCCGUCCGCGCGUCUCUCCGUGUCCGUGAAGCCGCCACACAGCGCCCGCAGAUGCCCGUCCAACUCCCCGCCGACCAGCUGCACUCAAGCCCGACUCGUCAUUACAUAAGUCGGCGUAUUUGUCGCUGGCACUGAAUUAAUUUCCCCCCAAAGCAGGAGUGGGAGAUAUCGUAUUUGCCGCCCCAGCAGCAGGAUCAGCGAGCGGCAGUAGCAGGCGGCGACGCUUCGGCGGUGUCGGCGGCUCCCCGAGCCGGAUUUAAAGCCGGUCUGAGCUGCCUUUGCUGUCGUGGACUGAAGGACCAGCAGGAGGACACAUAAAGGGUGGAAACCUGAGCACAGCGGCGAUGCGAGCUCACUCCGAGAGGAUUUCACUGGUGUGCUGCCAGAAGCAUCUGGAAAGGAUAACACAGGGAUACACUCCCCCUCCAGAGGAGCAGAGGGUAAUUCACAUCUCAGACAUUUCACUGUUGCAGCUCUGUGGCUCUCAGCUAAUGUGAAGUUGGUUCAAUCACACUGGCACUUAAAACCUCCGCUGGCAAAAUUUAGCCUCACAAGAUUUCCUCUUGGCACCAGUGAUUUUGGAUAACUGGUGCAUCCAAUAAGUGAUUAAAGGACAAGCAUCCAGCACAGACCAGUAAUCCUGCAAGGUUUCCUGGUAGCUAUGCAGUGAAGAUGUGUGCAGCCAGGUUCAGUGGCUGCCUCAAUGGCUGUGCUGAGGACGCUGCCGGUGGAGCCGCGGGGGCUGCUGGUCUAGUCACAGCCUCCAGGAUGCUGGACUGGACAGAGGCCGGUCCCCGCAUCCUCCACAGCCUGGAGAUGGGGACCGUUAUGACCGUUUUCUACCAGAAGAAGUCCCAGAGGCCAGAGAGGAGAACGUUCCAGAUAAGACAGGACAUGCGGCAGAUAGUGUGGAGCAGAAACCCGGACAAAAUUGAAGGAGAAGUCGACAUACGAGAGAUCCGGGAGCUGCGGUUGGGGAAGGGCUCCCGUGAUUUUGAGCGCUACCCGGAGGAGGCCCGGAAACUGGACUCCGCCCACUGCUUCAUCGUGCUCUACGGCCUGGAGUUUCGCCUGCGGACUCUCAGUGUCGCUGCCUUCAGCGAGGAGGAGGUCAACAUGUGGAUCACUGGUCUUAACUGGCUGAUGAUUGACACUCAGAGAGCACCUGCACCACAGCAGAUAGACAGGUGGCUGAGGAAACAGUUUGAAGCCAUGGACAGGAACCACGAGGGCAGCAUCACAGUGAAGGAUGUGAAAGCUCUCCUGCCUCAGAUCAACUACAGAGUUCCCAACAUGCGCUUUCUCAAAGACAAGCUGCAGGAGGUGGAGGCCAGGAACGACGUGUCCUACCCCAACUUCUCACAGCUCUACAGAACGCUGAUGUUUGAUGCACAGAAGAGCAUUAUUGAGCAGCUGGAGCUCUCCUUCCCUCUGCGGAAUGUUGACAGACCGGAGCUUUGUCAGAUCUCCCUCUACGACUUCCAGAAGUUUUUACAGAUGGACCAGAAGGAGUCCUGGGCGUCAGAUCUGAGUCGUGUCAGAGAGUUCCUCACGGGGUACAUGAGGGGCGCACCGCAGCCUGAGCCCAUGCUACAGCUUGAUGAGUUCCUCACAUUCCUGUUUUCGAAAGAAAACUCUGUGUGUGACCCUCGACUCUCACCUGUUGUUGCUGAUGACAUGAAAAGGCCGCUGUCUCAGUACUGGAUCUCGUCCUCACACAACACCUACCUGACAGGUGACCAGUUUUCCAGUGAAUCGUCUCUAGAAGCCUACGCUCGCUGCCUCAGGAUGGGCUGCCGCUGCAUCGAACUGGACUGCUGGGAUGGACCUGACGACCUGCCAAUCAUCUACCAUGGCCACACAUUGACCUCUAAGAUCAAAUUCCUGGAUGUGCUGCACACCAUCAAAGAACACGCCUUCGUCACUUCAGAGUAUCCUGUGAUCUUGUCCAUCGAGGACCACUGCAGUGUAGUCCAACAGAGAAACAUGGCCACUCACUUUAAGAAGGUGUUUGGAGAUCUGCUGCUCACCAAGCCAAUCGAUAACAACGCAGAGGAGCUCCCCUCACCGUACCAGCUCCGCAGGAAGAUCCUCAUCAAGCACAAGAAACUGGUGGAGGGCACGCUUUAUGAGGAGGUGACAUCAGCCAGCUACUCCGAAAACGACAUCAGCAACUCUCUGAAGAACGGCAUCCUUUACCUGGAGGACCCCAUCGACCACACGUGGACUCCACAUUAUUUUGUCCUGACCAGUAACAAGAUUUACUACUCAGAGGAGACGUCUCACUACCAGACAGCUGAUGAAGAGGAGGAAGAUGAAGGAAAAGAUGAGUGUAACAACAACGAUCAGCACUGUGCUGAGCGCUGGUUUCACGGGAAGCUGGGCGGAGGGCGUGACGGUCGACAGGUGGCUGAGAAGCUCCUGCAGGAGUACUGCGAGGGCGGGGCUAAAGAUGGCACCUUCCUGGUCCGGGAGAGUGAGACGUUUGUUGGAGACUACACCCUCUCGUUCUGGCGCUCCGGUCGAGUCCAGCACUGCAGGAUUCAUUCACGUCAGGAGUCCGGCUCCACCCGCUUCUACCUGACUGAUAACCUGGUGUUUGAAAGCUUGUACCGCCUCAUCUGCCACUACAGAGACACUCCUCUGCGCUGCAACGAGUUUGAGAUGAGGCUGGGCAGCCCUGUGCCUCAGCCCAACGCACACGAGAGCAGAGAGUGGUUCCACUCCAGUCUGUCUCGCGUUCAGGCUGAACACAUGCUGAUGCGUGUCCCUAGAGACGGAGCUUUCUUGGUGCGAAAACGCAGCGAACACAACUCCUACGCCAUCUCCUUCAGAGCGGAGGGGAAGAUCAAACACUGUCGUAUCCAGCAGGAAGGCCGCCUCUUCAUGUUGGGCAGUUCAGCAGAGUUUGAGAGUCUGGUCGACCUCGUGAGCCACUAUGAGAAACAUCCUCUGUACCGCAAGAUGAGGCUCCGCUACCCCAUCAACGAGGACACUCUGGACCGCAUGGGCACUACGGAGCUGGACUACGGAGCGCUGUAUGAGGUCCGCACUCCUCAUUUCUACGUAGAAGCUAAUAAGAUGCCCACAGCACGGUGUACAGUCAAAGCUCUGUACGACUAUCGCGCUCAGAGGGAAGACGAGCUCUGCUUCCCCAAACAGGCGCUCAUCGUCAAUGUGGAUAAGCAGGAGGGCGGCUGGUGGCGAGGUGACUACGGAGGAAAGAAACAGCUGUGGUUUCCUGCAAACUACGUGGAGGAGGUUCCCAGUUCUCCCACCAGAGAGCUGGACGAGGCAUCCACAGAGAACAGUCCUCUUGGAACAUUCCUCAAGGGCUUCAUUGACGUGCCCACCUGCCACGUUGUGGUGCACAAAGAUGGGAAGAACUCGCGGCCUUACGUGUUCACCAUCCACUCCCAGCAGCUGACUUCCCACCCAGUGCAGACCCUGGACGCGGCAGCUGACAGUCUGGAGGACCUGACCAGCUGGGUCAGCAAGAUCAGAGAGGCCACACAGAACGCCGAUGCACGGAUGCAGGAGGAGAAGCAGAUGGAGAGGAGGAAGAAGAUUGCAGUGGAGUUGUCUGAGCUCGUGGUCUACUGCAGACCUGUCCCCUUCAACGAAGACAAGAUCGGGACAGAGAGGGCAUGUUACCGGGACAUGUCCUCCUUCCCGGAGACAAAGGCAGAGAAGUUUGCAACGCGUAGCAAAGGGAAACGCUUCCUGCAGUACAACCGCCGUCAGCUUUCCAGAGUUUAUCCCCGAGGACAAAGGCUGGACUCAUCCAACUACGACCCGCUGCCCAUGUGGCUCUGUGGCUCCCAGCUCGUCGCACUCAAUUUCCAGACUCCAGACAAACCCAUGCAGCUGAACCAGGCCUUUUUCAUGCUCGGAGGUUGCAGUGGCUUUGUUCCCCAGCCUGAUGUGAUGAGAGACGACUCCUUUGACCCCUUUGACAAGGACACCUUACAUGUGGAGCCAAUCACCAUCCAGUUACAGGUGCUGGGAGCCCGUCAUCUGCCUAAAAAUGGCCGCAGCAUUGUGUGCCCCUUUGUGGAGGUGGAGAUCUGUGGAGCUGAUUACGACAGCUGCAAAUGCAAGACAGAUGUUGUAGCUGAUAACGGUCUGAAUCCUGUGUGGGUGCAGAAGCAGUUUGUGUUUGACAUCCACAACCCCACCUUCUCCUUUCUGCGCUUCACUGUUUAUGAGGAGGACAUGUUCAGUGAUCCCAACUUCCUGGCACAGGCGACCUACCCCGUCCGCCUGCUGCGAACAGGCUACAGAAGCAUCCCUCUGAAGAACAGCUACAGUGAGGAGCUGGAGUUGGCAUCACUUCUGGUCCACAUAGAGAUUGUCAAUGCAAAGGAGGAAGACGAUGAGAACAUGUACAUGUCCAUCCAACGGCUGCGUGAUCGAACCAGCGAGCUGUCCAACCAGGUGUCCCUCCUGGAGAGGUCGGGCUCUGGGGAUCUCAGCUACCAGCAGAGUCUGGAGGAGCUCAGAGCGGCUCAGGACCAGCUGAGUGAGCUGGUGGAGGCUCGAAACCGCAGGCUGAUGGAGAAGAAGAGGCGGGAGAAGCUGAGGCAGCAGGUGGCAGCAAAGCGAAGCUAGACCUGCAGUCCAGCAGAGGGCGCUACACUCACACAAAUGGUGCCUGACACUCGCUGCCACCAGAGCUGUGCCGCGGCAGCCUGCAGAGACAACAUGUUCCUACAGCAGCGACAUGCAAUCCACUCAUAACUGGAAUUUAAAACACCUUCUGCCACAGUCACAUGUGAGAGUUCAUAGAACCGAGCUGAGCAGCAGAUCAAAAAGUGACAAGUAAGCAUCUCAUGGACUAAAAAGUGAAACCUCACAAAUACUAAGCUAUAAAAACAAUCAUGGACUUACGACUGAAACACAGUGAGAGCAAACUGGAGAUGAGUUUCUCCUGAUUUCUCCAAACAGGAAGAGUGAAGCGUCCAGGGAUGGACUGUGAACUUCACUGUCUUAAUUGAAGCUGAAACAAUUUGAUUCAUUAAAUGAUCAGCAGAAUAUUAAUCAUUUGUCAUUUCUAAACAAACAUUUUCAGCAUUUGCUGCUUUUCUCUGAGUUGCAUACAUAGAUAAUUUUGGGGUUUUGGACUAUUGGACAGCCAGAGCAAACUACUUGAAGACGCCAGUUUGAACUUUAAGAAAUAUUUGAGGUCCAGUGUGUAGGAUAUAGAGUAUAUACUGGCAGAAAUUUCAUUUAAUAGGUCUGCCAUGUUUGUACCGGAGAACAGAACAGACAAACCAAACACUGGGUCUAGACAGGGCCAUUCGCAUUUUCACGUUGGCUAGAUGUCCUAAGCACCGCUUCUUUAAAAAACUGUGUGACAUUUUAUCACCCAAACAAUUAGUUGAUUAAUCAAGAAAAUAAUCAUUAGUUGCAGUUGUAAUCAUGAUGGGUAGGUGCGGUUGAGUUUUAUACAAUUAAUGAAGUGAAUAUUAGGUAAUUGUUAUGAGUGUUGGGCAGGUCAGUUGCCACUACAACAAGAAGUCAAAAAUAAAUCUUAAAAUUGACACUUAAAGCACAUCUGGUCAAUUUUCACAACCAAACAAUAACAAUAUCCAACAUGAUAAUGAGAGGAAAAAAAACAUGCUAAGAAAGGAUCAAUUUCUUUGUCCUGUGAUCAGCCCAGUUCUUUAGGCCUGUUUGCUCCUUAAAACCUUUAAAAAGUGGAACUUUUUAGUGCAGAUGGCAGUCCAGUGCGCCUUGAAGCUCAUCAGGUUCACUCUUACUGUGUUUUGGUCUUUAGUAAGAAAAACAGGAUAUAAGGGAGAAGAAAACUCAGGUUACACAAGUGGAUGGAAUAAAAAAAUUAUACGGAUGGAAAAAAGGGAGCAGUGGGCACAUGUAGCAAAAAAGUUAAUAUCAUGUAUGUGCCUUUGAUGUUUUGCGCUUUGUGGAGUAUAAUUACUCUAAGAAAACUAUCUACAACUGGAAUAGCGACCCUUUAAGGGAAAACUACGAACAAACUGGAGGAAUGGCACAGACCACUCAUGAAAUGGGUUAAAAGGGAUUCAAAGACUAAAGUCUGUUCCUCCUAACUAAGACCAAGUCUCUUUUUUUUUCUUUUUUUGUUUUUUGGGCAACCACACAAACUCUGACCCCACGGUGCACGAGGGGCUCCUGACAAACAUAUUCCUGUUCUAAUUGGGAGAGCACAAACUGGACUAACAAUUCCUCACCAAACCACACAGAGAAGAUCUUUUCACACUUCUUCAAAGGGCUCUGAAUAUAUAUCUAUACUACCUUCAAAGAGGCGCGACAACAACGAGCAGGGGGGGGGCAGAGGAAGACCACAACCUCACAGCACCCCCUGGAUGUCACCUGUGCAGGAGCUCAGGUGUGUUCCUGUCAGUUGGACACACGCACGACAAACAAGGGCUAUUACAGGAAACUAGCAAAGCACUCUUUUACUUCUUGCCUCACAUCUGAACCACACAACCAGGAUCAGUUCCUACCAUCUGGCUCUAAUCAACAGAUGUUGCUCAACUGGUCCUGGAUCUGCCAAAAAGCGGCUUCAAUCUGACCUACUGCAUGGCUUCAUAUCUAAUAACGCCCCCUCCCCACCUCUGUAGCUACUUUUCCAUCAUCCUCCUGUUUAAUUUCUCAUUGUAUAUAACUUUUUAUUUAUCCAGCAGGCGUAGAUCCUGUUUUAAUAGAUGAAAGAACAUAGAAGAACGAUAAUGGACUUCAGAUUGAAGAUAACUUUAUGUAGAAAUUCAUGUUGUGUCCCUUUAAAUGUCUCCAUAGACACACCCCUGUCUUACCCCCUUUGCUGCAGUUGCACUGGGUGGGGACUUCUAUGCAAACAUCAUCGUCUUGGCAUACAGCCAUCGUGUAUUAGGCAAGUUGUGUUUUCUCUCCGUAUCUACGCUAACUGUCCAGUAUUAUUACCCUGCAUUACAAAUCCUGUGUGAGUUUCCAUUUAAUAAAGCUCUUUCGUGUAA